CUGUCCGUUUGAACCGAGAAGACACCCAUACCGAGUCUUCAAUGCUUAAAAAAUAAAAGGCUGCCAAGAAGAUGGGACAGGGGGACGUGGGUGUAAAUAGACAGUGAACGCUGUUGGUCUCUCUCUCUCUCUCUCUCUCUCUCUCUCUCCCUCUCUCUCCCCCCUCUUUUUCUCACUGUCUCUCUUUUAUGAAAUCAAUGAACGAGUUAUUGGGUAGGACAUAAAUAUAAGGAAUCAAAGCCUCCACCGGGACCAACGGCACCGCGCGCUUUUGAUGUGCGUCUUCGCCAAACGCUACAUGUGUUUUCACAUCCAUGUAAAUGCUGGCUUUUAUAGAUCGGGAGCGGAAUCGGCUCUAGCGCGACUCGGACUCAAAUUUUGAUCGACUUGAAGCAGCUUUUUUCUUCUUUCUUUCUUUUUUUUUAAACCUCCCUUCAUCGUCAGCCACCAAACGGCCGCCACCAUCAUCCGCUACUGUUGCGCCCACCACCAUCAUCAUCAUCAUCAUCAUCAUCCCAACUCACUGGCCGGUCCGAAGAUGGCAACUUUGACCAACGGGCAGGUGGACGGCACGGUGCACGGUGUUGGUGUGGUGUCCGCCAGCACGAACGGGCUCGUGAACGGAUUAAGCCACAGCCACAGCCCGGCGGGCUGCCCAGCCACCAUCCCCAUGAAGGACCACGAUGCCAUCAAACUCUUCAUCGGGCAGAUCCCCCGUAACCUGGACGAGAAGGACCUCCGGCCCCUCUUCGAGGAGUUCGGCAAAAUCUACGAGCUCACAGUGCUCAAGGAUCGUUUCACGGGCAUGCACAAAGGCUGUGCCUUCCUCACCUACUGUGCCAGAGAGUCGGCUCUGAAAGCCCAGAAUGCUUUGCACGAACAGAAGACCCUGCCAGGGAUGAACAGACCCAUCCAGGUGAAGCCAGCAGACAGUGAGAGUCGAGGAGAAGACAGAAAGCUCUUUGUGGGCAUGCUCAACAAGCAACAGUCAGAAGAUGAUGUGCGGCGGCUUUUUGAGUCCUUUGGCAGCAUCGAGGAGUGCACCAUCCUCAGAGGUCCUGAUGGAAACAGUAAAGGUUGUGCAUUUGUAAAAUACUCGUCUCAUGCUGAAGCUCAGGCAGCCAUCAGUGCACUACACGGCAGUCAGACAAUGCCUGGUGCCUCAUCCAGUCUAGUGGUAAAGUUCGCCGACACGGAUAAGGAGCGCACCAUCCGCCGCAUGCAGCAGAUGGCUGGUCAGAUGGGCAUCUUCAACCCCAUGGCCCUGCAGUUUGGAGCCUAUGGAGCCUACGCUCAGGUGCAGCAGCAGGCGGCGUUGAUGGCGUCUGUCGGCCAAGGAGGUUACCUCAGUCCAAUGGCAGCCUUUGCUGCUGCCCAAAUGCAGCACAUGGCCACCAUCAACGGCCUCCCAGGAGCACCUCUGACUCCUACAUCAGGUGGCAGUACCCCUCCAGGCAUCAGCGCCCCAGCAGUGACCAGCAUCCCCUCCCCCAUCAGUGUAAAUGGUUUUACCGGCAUGCCGCCACCACAGGCAAAUGGACAGCCUCCUGCAGAGGCUGUCUUCACCAAUGGGAUACACCACUAUCCCGUGUUGCAGGAGGUGGUUUUUAGGGAGGACUCGGAGAAAAACGGCUUGGGUGUGGCUCCGCGGAGUUGUUUUGGGGUUCAGGGUGGCUGCUUCCUCUCCUCUCUCUCUGAAGGUAGCACUUACCCCUAA